UGGAACGUAAAUGUCCACCAACUCAUACAGGCGAAAAUGAAGUUCUUGUUUUGUCUCAUUCUGUUAAUUGUGUUACCAUGGGGGUGUUGGGCAGCCCCCAGCCCGAAGAAUUCUACGGGAUCAUGCGACCUCUGCGAGAACGACGAUACUAUCGGACUCGUAUCUGAUCCAGAAAACUACUCAACAACUCCCAUUGUCAAUGUGACAGUAACUUUAAUGGCAUUCAAGAAGGCAAACCCGCCAGUGAAUAUCGAAGAAAAUGACAUGAUCCGUUUGACAUCACAUCAAUUCAACGACACACUGCCACCUAACGAUCAUCACGUACAUGCAGCAGUUGGACAACAACCGCCCUCAGAAAAUAACAAGAAAACACCAAGAGCUUAUUUCACAUAUUUCUUUACAAACCUUAAACGCUCUUUGUCAAACCAUCACGAAGAAUUAAAUACCAAAACGAGUGAGCCGAAUGCAACAAACAUCACGCCAUUGGAGCAUUUUGAAUGUUUAUGUACAUUCGAAUCGUCGAACAGUGAACCGAGUGAAUCUUUGGCUACCAAAAUCAAAGUCUGGACACCUAAAAGAAGUUCCGAAGUAGACGACCACGUGCGAUGCAUGGUGAUCUGUUCCAGCGUCAUUCACAACCACACAAAAGACGAUGGUUUAUGCUGCACCCCUAUUAUUAGUUAUGGCGAUAAACUAAAGCAAUGGAUCUAUACACACCACGUCAUCGAGAAAAUUACAGUUUGCCAAAAAACAUCGCCGCAAUACAAAAAACUCCAGCAACUGCUCGGGUACACGCUAAAUUUUAUUUCCAAAAUCUUCCUACUCUGCCUAAUAAUUAUCAGUUUCCUCUUGCUUCAUACGAUAUACUACAUCAGACCAAAAAAGGUGACAUGUUUGAUUGAAAAAACAGUACGUAAAAUCUGAUGUGGAGUGCAAUUUAUUAUAAAAAUUAAAAUUUUACUUAAAAGAGUGAAAUAUUUACAUAUCUGAUUUCAAAUUUGCAAUAUUUAUAUUAAAUCAUUAUUAUUAAAAAUUGUUUUUAAAAAAAUGCUCUUCAAAAAUUGUUUAAAGUAGAAAAGAAAAUUCUCAGAGCAAGCAAAAAAAUUGUCAGGUCUUUUCACUAUAUUUUGCCAUACAAUGUGAUGUACCUUUAUAAGAACUAAAUAAAAAUAAAUAAUAAAAAUAAAA